AUUUUUGAUUUAUCAUAUUUUAAUUCAUUUGUAUUAAUUUAUAUUUUAAUAUGUAAUAAAUAUUUUUCAUUAAAUUUCAAAUCGAUCUAUCUAAUUAACAUUAAAUUUGUUAUAUAAAGUAUAACAAUGGGUAUUCCACUUUUUAAUUUUAAUUUUAUCGCCUUUUCCCUUUUUCUUAUUUUUAAAUGUAUUAUAAACUCUAAUUGCUCGUAUAUAGAUGCCACGACUUACCUUGAACCUUAUCAACAAUUCUGUUUAUCAGAGGUUGUUGGAAAGGAUAUGUUUGUACACUUGACAUUUGGGAUUCUAGACCUUAAACCAGGGCAAUUUUACUCUGCCUAUGUGAUAGAGGAAGGUUCUGAUAAGUAUAUUUACCGUGAAUCUACUAUCAGAAACGACGUCUCAAUAUCCUUUACCUCUAUCGAAGGUCCUUCUAUUACCUUAUGUGUUAACGGACCUCAGUCAGGUACAAAUUUUAACUUCUCCUUAAAGUUCGGUGCUGACGCUAGGGAUUAUUCAAUUAUCGCAAAGAGUUCACACUUGGAUCCAGUGGAUGCUAGGGUUCAAAACGUCCUAGAUGAGCUUUCAGCCUUUCACAAGGCUCAGAUUAUUGGUGCGUCAUCUAUUGAUAGAACCAGUGAAAAGGCUAUUAAGACUUAUCAUUUGUUAGCCAGAUUUGCCAUCGCCAAUAGCAUUUUCGUUAUCUUCUCCACAUUGUGUUAUAUCUUUUACUUUAGAAAUUUCUUUAAAUCUAAAAAACUAAUAUAAUAUAAACACUA